CACAACAAAUUAUUUCUGUCGUAUUUCUGCCGAAUAAGGUCGUUGAUUUUUACAGUAAAUGUAUAAAAAUUCUGUGAUAAAAAUGCAGGAGAUGUUUAAUAAUUAACUCGGUGGUCUCUCAUACCAAAAUAAUUAUAUUAAACAAGUUUUCAAACCUGUGAGAAAAAUAAACUGUCAUUGGAGGUGAUAAUACAACGUUGGCAGUGAUCUCAGGUCAUUAUUUAAUUUUUGAAGACAAAUGUUAUUUCGCUAUCACAAGGUCCGCUAGCUAAUAUUUAAUUAUUAUAAUAUUUGAUAACCAGUGACCAUGAUUAUAAUUGGUUCGUGAUCGUGAUGAAUACGACCCUCUGCGACAGUUUUGAACUCAUCGUCGACGAAGAAACGUGAUGCGUGCAGUGGAAAAUGUUUUUAUGGUAAAUAGUUAAAACAUUGUAGCUACCAUUAAGUUAACAUAAUGUCGGGCCAUAGUGCACAAGAUCAAGCUGAUGCAGAUAAAGCAUUAUUACUGAAGAAGAUAUUGAGUGCCGCGUUUUAUGCUUUGGCUUCGUUUAUGAUAACAGUUGUAAAUAAAUAUGUGCUCACCUCAUAUGCCUUCCCCUCGUAUCAAGUGCUGGGUCUUGGACAAAUGUUAGCGACAAUAACAGUUCUAUGGUUUGGCCGGUCCGUAAAAUUAGUCCAGUUCCCCCAUUUAGACAGUGGUGUCGCGCGUCGGAUUUGGCCACUACCAUUAAUUUAUUUGGGAAACAUGGCUACUGGGCUUGGUGGAACUAAGGAGUUAAGUUUGCCCAUGUUCACUGCUUUGAGAAGAUUUAGUAUCCUGAUGACAAUGAUUCUUGAGAGAUUAGUUCUCGGAGUAAAAGCAUCGUGGUCUGUGCAAACCAGUGUAAUGGCAAUGGUAGCUGGUGCCUUACUAGCGGCUGCAGAUGAUGUGACAUUUUCCUGGCCUGGAUACACACUAGUGCUCCUCAAUGAUGGAUUCACUGCUGCCAAUGGUGUCUACAUGAAAAAGAAAUUAGAUUCCAAGGAGCUCGGCAAGUAUGGUCUGAUGUUCUACAAUGCACUAUUUAUGAUAUUACCAGCAACAGUAGUUGCCUGGUGUACUGGUGAUCUGGAAAAUUCUGCGGCCUAUGCCCACUGGUCCGACAUGCUUUUUGUAACAUUGUUCUUGAUGUCAUGUGUAAUGGGCUUCAUACUCUCCUACAGUGUAAUGUUAUGUACACAAUUUAAUAGUGCCUUAACUACAACUAUUAUAGGAUGUCUCAAGAAUAUUUUAGUUACAUAUUUGGGUAUGAUCAUUGGGGGAGACUACAUAUUUUCGUGGCUCAAUUUUGUUGGAUUGAACAUUAGUGUGUUUGCUAGCUUAAUUUAUACGUAUGUUACAUUUAAAAGGAAACCAAACCAAUAUAUGCUCCUAAAUCAAGCAAACAGUAAAGUAGAUACUGUGUAGUAUUCUAUGUUUAUAUAACAUCUGUCUCAGUGUUUUUACUACACAAAACCUUAUCACCCAAAGAUAAUUUUUAUUGAAUUAUCUGCUUUUAUAACUAUGUGUAAUUGUGUAUUGUAUUAGCCAUUAGACAUAGACAUAAUAUUAUUAUAUUAAUA